ACAAAUUCUCUUACUAAGCAUUUGCGGGAAGAGAACUGGUGACACUUUUGCCGAGACUUGUGCCAGUGAAUAUCGUGUUUCCGCAGCUUUCCGCCACAUUAGCGAAAAUGUUUGUUCGUGCAGUAGCGAAGGGAGCGAAAAGCUUUUCCACCUCGAGCCAGAACAAUGUGAAGGUGGCGGUUUGUGGUGCUUCCGGAGGUAUUGGCCAGCCGCUGUCGCUGCUGCUGAAGAACAGCCCACUGGUGACGGAGCUGUCGCUGUACGAUAUUGUCCACACGCCCGGAGUGGCGGCCGAUUUGUCGCACAUUGAAACGCACUCGAAGGUAACUGGUUACAAUGGGCCGGAAAACCUCGAGAAGGCUCUGAAAGGUGCCGACAUCGUCAUCAUUCCGGCCGGCGUGCCCCGCAAACCCGGAAUGACCCGUGACGAUCUGUUCAACACGAAUGCCUCGAUUGUGCGCGAUCUGGCGGCUGGUUGCGCCAAGGCGUGCCCGAAAGCCCUCAUCGGCAUCAUCUCAAACCCGGUCAACUCAACCGUUCCGAUCGCGUGCGAUACGCUCGAAAAGGCCGGCGUGCUCGAUCCUCGUCGUGUGUUUGGCAUCUCGACGCUGGACAUUGUACGCGCAAACACGUUCAUCGGCGAGGCGGCCGGUGUGGAUCCACAAAAGAUGAACGUUCCCGUCAUCGGGGGCCACUCGGGGGUCACGAUCAUUCCGGUGCUCUCGCAAACGAAACCGGCCGUCAGCUUCCCACAGGACAAGGUGGCCGCCCUGACCGGGCGCAUCCAGGAGGCUGGCACGGAGGUCGUGAAGGCAAAGGCUGGGGCCGGCUCGGCCACGCUUUCGAUGGCGUACGCCGGUGCUCGUUUUGCGCUGGCCCUCGCCCGUGCAAUGAACGGUGAGCAGAAUGUUGUUGAGUGUGCGUACGUUCGAUCGGACGUAACUGAGGCCAAGUACUUCGCUACGCCCCUGGUGCUGGGUAAGAACGGACUGGAAAAGAACCUCGGUUUGCCAAAGUUGAACGCUUUCGAGCAGGAACUGCUCAAGAAGGCCAUCCCAGAGCUAAAGAAGAACAUCCAGAAGGGCGAAGACUUUGUCAAGAAAAACUAACUUCCCACCGAGCGGGGGCCAGCAAAAAUCGAACCACGGAGCAUAAUAAGCGAUGCUGCCACAGUCACUACACGCUCUAGUCGCACUGGAUAAGAUCGUAGGCGUAGGCUGCAACCAAAUAGCUGCUACACAGUUCCAUCUUCCACCCUAUAAAACAGUGUGUUUAAACGUGAAAAUGCAAUCCGAAGAUGUUCAAUCGCAAUAAAGGUUAAUUUAUUUGGGUACAAAACGGCGCACUCUACAAA